AUGAUUAAACAUUAUCCAAGCACAAUGCAUAAUAAUAUUGUCGAAUUCAAGAAAUGCUAUUUAAGACAAUAAUAGGUUGGAUUAUAAAAUAUUGGAAAUACAUGUUAUAUAAAUUCAGCUUUAUAAUGUCUAUUUAAUUGCAGCUAAUUGCUUGAAUAUUUUUUAUAAAAAAUAGAUGAAAAGGAAAAAAACUAAAAAAAUAAAGGCGUUUCAGAUGAAUUUGCUAAAUUAAUACGAAAAAUGGCAACAAAUAAUAAAUUAACACCUGAAUAUCCAUCCGAAUUAAAAUCUAGUAUAGAAAAAAUAUGUACUAAAUUCAAAGGCAAUAAUCAAGAAGAUUGCCAAGAAUUUUUAAGGACUUUAUUAGAAAAUUUAAAUGAUGAUUUAAAUAGAGUUAUAGGAAAAAAGCCUUAUAAAGAAUUAGAAGCUGACCCUAAAAAUUAACAAGACUUAUAAAAAAUAUCUGAUAUAUGGUUUUAAUAUUAUAAAGAAAGAGAUAAUAGUAUAAUAACUGAUAUAUUUACAGGAUAAUUAUUAAGUAUUGUUAGUUGUUUAAAAUGUGAAAAAUAAUCAUAUGCAUUUGAUAAUUUUAUGGAUUUAUCGUUAAGUUUUACAAAUAAUCAUAGAUUUAAUUUUGUUUAUGAAUUAGAAAGGUUAAUUGAAUAAUUUUUAAAGGAAGAACCUUUAGAUAAUGCCUAUUAUUGUCAAAAAUGUAAAAAUCAUACAAAGUCAAAAAGAAGAUUCGAAAUUUAGAAACUACCUGAUGUUUUAGUUAUUCAUAUUAAAAGAUUUUAUUUCGGUAGUAUCAGGAAAGAAAAGCUUUUGCAUAAAAUUACUUUCAAUAUAUAAAAUCUUGAUUUGAGGAAAUUUAUUAAAAAUUCAAGUAAUAAAUAACAAAAAUUAUAUGAUAAAAGUGUACUAGAUUGUACUUAUGAUCUUAUUGGAAUUGUUAAUCAUAUGGGAGGUUUACAUGGAGGACACUAUUAUGCUGAAUGUAAAAAUCCAUAUGAUGGGACUUGGAAUCAGUUUAAUGAUGCUAUUUGUUCAGAAAUUAAUAUUCUUAAUAAAAAAUAUGAUACUGAUGGAUCAUCAGAACCUUAUAUGUUAUUUUAUUAAAAAAGAAGGUUUUUUCUAAGUAAAAUUU